CAUUAGCUUCCCAAUGACUUUGGAGACUGGGCCAGUCCCUCUCAAGACGGGACUAAGUCUCGACCAUUCUCAGUCAGCAAAGAUCUGGUCUGAAAGCAAGACCCGAAUUGGAACUCAUCGUCAAAUUCAUUUUGACUUGUUUUCGACAUGAAGUCUUCAAUGGUAGAAUUUACGCUUCCUAUGGUUUUUGUUUGGUUGUCAUUGAUUUGCAUCACGUCAUCUGACGGUCGCCAAGCCCAAGUGGAUCGGGACGGAAAAUUACUAUCCCUCUUCCAAAUCAUUACCUUUCCCAAUGAUCCUUGCAUAGGAAAUGCGGGCAAAAACGGGACCUGUUACACGCCAGAGGAGUGCACUGCCAAAGGCGGGAGUGCCGCUGGAACCUGUGCUCAAGGCUACGGAGUCUGUUGCUCAUUCACGGUCAAUUGCGGAGGCACGCGUUCGGAGAAUUGCACGUAUUUCGAAUCCUCCGGCAACGAGGCUGGUUCUUGUUUGGCCACGGUUUGUCCCUGCAGCGAUAAUAUUUGUCAAUUAAGACUCGACUUUGACCAAUUUGUUAUCACUGGGCCUUCCACUGAUGACACUCCUGUAUUAACAACACUAGCUGGCGAUACGGCGGCAGGUGGGCAGGCUAGUACGCUUGGUGGAAGGUGUUUGACCGACACGUUUUCCGUGUCCAGUCCCUCUGGUUGCGCUCCACCCUCGAUUUGCGGCACGAAUAGUGGCGAACACAUGUAUGUGGAUGCCUCGCAAGCUUGUAAUGAUCUGAUGUUUGUCCUAGGAAAUCAGGGCAUUGGAGCAAGUAUCGCAAACCGUCAAUGGAGUAUUAAGGUGACCCAAUACUCUUGCGACUUCAAGAAUUUGGCUCCAGAGGGAUGUACGCAAUAUUUCUUUGGCUCAAGUACAGAUAUCAUCCAAACUUAUAACUUUGGAAAUGGCCGACACCUGGCUGAUCAAAACCAAAAUAUUUGCAUUAGACGUGAGCGAGGGAAUUGCAAAAUUUGCUACACUGCCAUUGACCCUGCGGACGUUUCAGUUAAUGGCAAAACGGCAAAAAAGGGGUACAAUGCUAAGGACACCAAAUGUUGUGGUUACACGGACUCUGGUAAGGCCACUAAUGGGUUUGAUUGCAUCGUGAUCCCGGGCUUGAGAACAACCGGUGCGGAUAGCGUGUUGAAGGGAGACUCUGUGUGCGGCAAUGGAGUGGGAUUGGUUACAGGGAUGACCGGGAUCGUCGGCGCCACCGUCUGUUCCAAACGCCAACCAUUCAACGUGCGCUUUCGAAGUGACAGUUUUGAAACUGACACUGAAAUGGGCAUUUUGGGAUUCCGUCUGAUUUAUACCCAGAACUCCAAUGGAUGUUAGUUAGUCCCGUAACUCUCUUCUUAAUAGACAUCAUUUUCGAUUGUUAUAUUACUUAAAACUUGUUUUCAUUCUCUUGCUGACAAUUCCUUUGUAAAAUGUUUCAUGUUGAAAUAAAUCUUUGUUCACUGACA